UAUGAGACGGAGGGAGUAUAUUAGAUCCCUAGAGUACAAUUCAAAAACAAGGUAAAAACUAAAUAAAAAUGAGCUUAACAUGGAAGUUCCUAUAAGUGGGGUGUACUGAAAAUGAUUUCCCACCAAAAUUACUAUACAACAAAACAUUACCAUAACUUGGAUUUGCUGUAUGGACCCUGACGUGUAUAAAUAACGGACCAAUCAUUUAAUGUACUCAUCAUGUGCACAAAGACCAAGAAAAAACAGUGGAAUUACAUUUUUUUUUCCUUUUCUUUUCCUUUUUUGGACCAAAUAAGCUGAUAAAAAGUAUAAAAUGGCUUAUCUUUAUCAAACACUAAAGAGAGGGGCCACACCUAUGACAAUUCACCACCAUAAGUCCAUAACUAAGCAGCUUGGUAACUGGUACGAAAGAGGUGGGAGUAUCAAAAUUUAGCAGACCAAAAAAUGAUGAUUCCACCAAAAGAAUAUGGAUCUCAUGUCAACAGAAUAAAUCUGGGGUUUUGAGAAGGGAAAAAAUAGAGCUACCCUUCAGUACAUCGGAACUGCAAGAAGAUUAAACAUAUACGUCAACUCCAAAACUACAGGAAAUAAUUGGAGAACUAACAAGUCUGUCUGGAGGAGGCAAGCUAUAACACCGACAAACAACUUCCGUCGGGUUCUACAUGUCUUCUUCAUCGUAUCUUCUAGAUAUUACUCCCUUCGUUCUAUAAUAAAAUUUCUAAUUUACUUUAGCAAUGUCCAACAUAGAGCUCUUACUGUUGUAAUUCUGAUAAUUUUUUUUAUUUAUCUCUUUAUUAAAGUGUUUUUCUAAACAAAAACAAUAAUGUUUAUACUUUUCAAACAUUAAUUAAUAAAAAAUCAUUGAUCAGAGAAAGUCAAACAAGAAUUUGAUAGAGAAUGGAAAGAUAAUUUGGCAGAAAAGGAGAUGCAAAACUCAAGCAGUUUCUCCUCAACAAACUCCAAAGGCAUUGCUGCCAUUGUUGGAGUAGGACCGAAACUUGGAAGAUCCAUUGCCCGAAAGUUUGCUCAUGAAGGCUACACAGUUGCUAUCCUCUCCAGGGAUUUAGGGAGGCUAUCAAGAAUUGCAGAAGAGAUAGCAAGGGAAGAGAAAGCUCAAGUCUUUGCAAUAAGAAUUGACUGCUCGGAUACGAGAAGCAUUAGUGAAGCUUUUGAAGGGGUUCUCUCUCUUGGAUAUGUUGAAGUGUUGGUCUACAAUGCUGCAUACCAACCCCUUCCUUUGCAUCCAGCCAAUUUCACUGGAAUUCCAGUCAAUUCUUUUGAAAAAUCACUCGCAGUUUCAUCUGUUGGUGACUUCCAUUGUGCUCAGCAGAUUCUUCCGGGUAUGGUGGAGAGAGGAAGAGGGACAAUACUCUUCACCGGAUGUUCAGCUUCUCUCAAUGGCAUGUCUGGCUUCUCAGAAUUAUGUUGUGGGAAGUUUGCGCUAAGAGGAUUAUCACAAUGUCUGGCAAGGGAAUUUCAGUCAUUGGGAAUUCAUGUUGCUCAUGUUAUUAUUGAUGGCUUGGUCGGAGCACCAAGGGUACCAAGUAUAUUGCAGAGAACAAAUGUAGGGGAGCAACAAAGUGGAGUAGGAGUGGCAGCAGACGGCUUGAUGGACCCCGAUGCUCUAGCUCAAACCUAUUGGCACUUACAUCUACAAGAUCGUUCAGCUUGGACACAAGAGAUUGACCUUCGUCCCUCCACUACAUUUAGGUUCUUCUAGCACCAAACCAGUCCUCGCACCAUUCAUGCAACUAGUAUGUUUUACCCAAUUUUUAUGUCCAUACAAUGUUUACUUUUUCGACAAGGGAUAGACGGAGUGGUAGAUCCAGAAAAAGGGGAUGCUAGGACUUUUUUGUCAUCAAUAGUCAGUCAUCUGGCAACCAUUAAGGUUCAAAUCAUAGUUUGGCAUUGUGUUAAUUUGAAGAAGCUAAACAAAAAAGGAGUGAUAUCUAAAAUCUGCAUAAUGCCAAAUCUUGAGUUGAAACCAUGAUGACAAACGUGGAUGGAUAAGAAAUGCUUUGAUUAGUAUUUUUAUGUUUAAAUUGUGUGUAUAUGUUUUAGCUGUCUUCUUUGGUGGAAGAUUUUGUAUGCAUGUCCAAUAUGCACAAUUAAUUAUAGUUUCUAAAUGUUGAUAUGUGAACAUUUUUCUUGAUUAUAUAUCCAA